GUUAGCUGCGCAUCUCUAAACAGCUGCUAUAGUAAACUCGCAAUAAAAUCAGCGAAUAUCUUAUUAAUUUGUAAAUAUCGUCUGAAUAUAAGAGCAAAUAAGGUCUAGAACAUGUCGGAUGAGCUGCCGGAGCAGUUUGACCUAGUGGUCAUAGGCACAGGCUUCACCGAAUCCUGCAUCGCCGCUGCGGCCAGCAGGGUGGGCAAAUCGGUGCUCCACCUGGAUAGUAAUGAGUACUACGGUGAUGUAUGGAGCUCCUUCAGCAUGGACGCUCUAUGUGCCCGCUUUGACCAGGAGACCGAGCCUCAUUCUUCUUUGCGAAAUGCCAAGUACACCUGGCACACCACGGAAAGUGAAUCAGAAACAGAUGCACCAACCACCUGGAAUAGGGACUCAGUGCUGGCCAAGUCGCGACGCUUCAGCUUGGAUCUCUGCCCACGCAUUCUGUACGCAGCCGGGGAGCUGGUGCAGCUGCUCAUCAAGUCGAACAUCUGCCGCUACGCUGAAUUCCGAGCCGUGGACCAUGUGUGCAUGCGCCACAAUGGUGAGAUUGUGUCCGUGCCCUGCUCCCGUAGCGAUGUCUUCAACACCAAGACCCUGACCAUCGUGGAAAAGCGGCUGCUGAUGAAAUUUCUAACCGCAUGCAACGAUUACGGCGAGGACAAGUGCAAUGAGGAUUCGUUGGAAUUCCGGGGACGAACGUUUCUAGAAUAUUUGCAGGCGCAGCGGGUGACCGAAAAGAUAUCGUCAUGCGUGAUGCAGGCUAUUGCCAUGUGUGGCCCCACCACCAGCUUCGAGGAGGGUAUGCAGCGCACACAGCGAUUUCUAGGCAGCCUGGGCCGCUAUGGCAACACACCCUUUCUCUUUCCCAUGUACGGGUGCGGGGAAUUGCCGCAGUGCUUCUGCCGUCUGUGCGCUGUUUAUGGUGGCAUUUACUGCCUAAAGCGACCUGUCGACGACAUUGCCUUAGAUUCCAAUUCGAAUGAAUUCCUGCUGAGCAGCGCAGGGAAAACUUUGCGUGCCAAGAAUGUGGUCUCUGCGCCUGGCUAUCCACCAGUUUCAAAGGGCAUCGAGUUGAAGCCUCACAUCUCACGCGGCUUGUUCAUAUCGUCCAGUCCCUUGGGCAACGAGGAGCUGAACAAGGGAGGUGGCGGUGUCAAUCUUCUCCGACUGCUUGACGCUGCGGGAACACGGGAGGCCUUCCUUAUUCAAUUGUCGCACUACACAGGAGCCUGCCCUGAGGGUUUAUAUAUCUUCCACCUGACCACGCCGGCUUUAAGCGAGGAUCCAGCGUCGGAUCUAGCUGUUUUUACUAGCCAACUCUUUGAUCAAUCAGACGCACAAAUAAUAUUUAGCUCAUACUUCACAAUUGCUGCCCAGUCUAGUAAAAGUGCCGCUGCCGAGCACAUUUACUACACCGAUCCACCUACCUACGAGCUGGAUUAUGACGCGGCCAUUGCCAAUGCUCGCAACAUAUUUGGCAAACUGUUCCCAGAGGCCGACUUUUUGCCACGAGCCCCAGAUCCAGAAGAGAUUGUUGUGGAUGGUGAAGACCCCAGUGCCUUGAACGAACACAGUUUGCCCGAGGAUUUGCGGGCACAGCUGCACGACAUGCAGCAGGCAACUCAGGAAAUGGAUAUACAAGAUUAGACAGAAUUAAAUGAAAAGGAGAUUUUCUCAAUCUCGAAAUAUCAUUAGAUAUUAAACUA